AUGGGUAAUUAUUGUUCUGAUCAAUAAUAAAUGAACGAUAAAACUAAAUUGGAUUAAAUAAAUUCUAAAAGUAAUUUGAAAGGGAUACCAAAACCUAAAUUAAAUAGUUUAAUAAACACAAGUUAAUUAACUUAAAUGGAAAUACCUAAUGCAAUGCUUUAGUCUCCUACUAAACCCUUUAUUCCAAACCAUAACGAAAUUAAAUCAUUAGUAAGAGUGCCUUCUGAAGAUAGUCUAUUUUUGUCUCAAUUUAAUAUGCUAAAGGACAGUGAAAUAGAAAGUAAAUCAAUCUGCUAACAGAAGAAUAAACAAUAACCUCUUAUCGAAUUGAAAUCUUCCCUUAAAUGUAAAAAGAAAUAGAAUCAUGCUUAGAAUUCUAAAAUCUAAAGCCAAAGUCCUUAUGCAAAACAAUAAAUAAAGUGUCAUUCUCAUUCACCUAUUUAUAGUUCUGCAAAGGUUGAAAUCAAAACAAAAAAAAGCAAGAACCAUUCUAAAUAAGUAUAUAAAUAGUAAGAAUUGAAACCAAAGAGAAAAUAUUCAGAUGCACCUGUAUAAAAAGAAAAGCAGAAAUUAAUUAGAAGAAAAAUUAGUGAUAUAAGAGAUGAUCAUAAUUUUAUCAUAGGAAUUGAGUGUUAUAGUCCAACUAAAUUGAGAACUUACACUCCUACUUCAAUUUUAAAAAGAAAAGAUUCAGAUAUAGAAAGUAAUUCUCCUUUGAAAAAAUAAGUAAGAUUCAAAGAAGAUGGAAUUAAUCGUAAAAUACAUCAUAUAUGA